AUGGCCGCUGUGUGCGUGUCCUGGGCCUCCCUCCGGAGCUCAGGGCAGGGCCGAGAUGACGUCAGAGAUGCUGAGAGUGGCCCGAGUGGCCGGGUGCCAGCCGGCUGGGAAAAGGAGCCUCAGCUCCCUCAUCAUCACGUGGGCUUCGUGGGUGGGGGCCGCAGGUACCGACCCAGGGAGUUCGGACAGCGGCGGUUCACGGAGGGCGGGCGGGAGCACACUGCUCUGUGCGCGGUGGGUGCUUCCAUCCGGCACGGUGGACAGAUUCAGAAACAGCUGUCGGCCUGUGUGUCCGCCAGGGAGGGAUCUGCAGGCCGGCGCGGCUCUGACCAGGACACAGCGGCUGCCAGUGACCCGGAAAAAAGAGAAGACGCAGCGGCCCCUCUAAUCCGAUCUCCCGCGACAGCUGCCAAGAGCGGCCUCCCUGCCGGUGCUUCUCUCCCGGUCCCAGCCAGGCCGGCCGCCUCCCCAGGGUCCCUCCCAGCGCCCCGUCCCUCGGCGCGGCCCACGCAGCUCCACCACGCAGGACCUGGACGGGGCCCAGCGUCGGCCCCGUCACCACUAUCACCAUCAUCAUCACCAUCACCACCAUCAUCACCAUCACCAUCAUCACCAUCACCAUCACCACCAUCAUCACCAUCAUCAUCACCACCAUCACCAUCACCAUCAUCACCAUCACCAACAUCAUCAUCAUCACCAUCAUCACCACCAUCAUCACCAUCAUCAUCACCAUCAUCACCACCAUCAUCACCACCAUCACUAUCAUCAUCACCAUCAUCAUCACCAUCAUCACCAUCACCAUCCUCAUCACCAUCAUCAUCAUCACCACCAUCAUCAUCACCAUCAUCACCAUCAUCACCACCAUCAUCAUCACCAUCAUCAUCACCAGCACCGUCGCGGGCACGAGGGCAUGCCGCCCGCUGGCUCACAUCCCGGGAACAUCCGGACCACAGUGGGAACGCCGGGGCGCGCUAUCAGCCUAUCUGUGUCUCUUCAAAGAUCGCAGAAGGAAAUCGCCUGAUGGCGGAAAUUUGCCCCCGCCGUGGGGAAUGGCGCCAGGGGGCCAAGGGCACAGACCAGGCGCCUAAAGAGGCCCUGCUGGGAGGAGCUCAGAAGGCGGAAGCCAUGACUGUGCAGAGCAGGGAGGGCUUCCAGGAGGAGGAGGAGGAGCUGGUGGUCAGAGCCUCACAGAGGAGGGGGGACGGUGGCUCCCGGCCCUGUGUGCCCUGA